AGAAGAGCCAUAACAUGGCUUGGCACUAAAUUUCCAUGCCCUUACUUGCGGUCUUAAAGUUGAAUACUUCUCGCACUAUGUAAUAUGUUUACUCCAUAUGUAUAUUCGUGAUGGAGGAAAUUUAUUACUCUGCGCACGGCUCAAAUGCUUGGCCAAACGUGGCGUGUAUGCUUGUUUCCCUUAACUGUCACUCUGGUACUGCAGCUCAUAUCAGCAGCUUUUUGCCAGACGAUAACUUACAAUUCUAUGCCGUUCUCAGCCCUCCUUGGGGAAAAUGGCGGCGUUCAACUUAACGGCAGUGCCAAUAUCACAUCGGAUAAAACGUUUGUUAACGGCAGCUUCAUCAUUAAUGGGCAAACCGAUGUAUGGAUUUCCUUACCCUCGUACUCAGGCGUGGUGCGUUUGGAAGCAGGAAGCAGGCUUCUACUUUCGAACAUGGGUAUCAACUUCAGUUUGUCAGGUUCAUUGGACCUACCCUCCUUGCUGACUCCGUCAUUUUUUGAGGUUGACCCGGCAGCAGCACUUGAACUCCGCAAUGUUUCAGUGAAUACGAAUUGCGACACUUUAUCUGCCCUUCGAAAUAACUUGUGCGAUCGCAUGCCCGAUCAGGACUACGAGAUCUGCCCCUGGAGUUUGCGGAUUGUGAACUUGGUCGCGCAGAACACAACAACCCUGAUUGCGCAGAACGUCACCCUGCGCUGCGGCUUCUCCGCCACCAACUCCACCUUCACCUAUACACUCAUGGGCUCGGAUCGCCCGCCGUCGAGCGAUUCAGACCUGGAAACAACGGCAACUAUGACUAUUCCGUGCGUCUCCUGGCGUGUGACAACGUACGGGGACUUUAGGAAUGUCAUUGCCUCGCAUCCGAACGUGCAGCCGCAGGCUUUCUACGUGUUCAUAUUGACCAACGUGACCGGAAAUCGUUCCGAUUUAUUCUCAAGUAAAUUACUCGUCCCGAAGAACAAGAUCAGCAUUUUGAUUACCGGUCGCCCAGACGUGCCGACCCAGCUCGACCUUCGCCACAUGGUCGGCAUCAUCUCCCUGUCCGGCAUUACUUCUGACCCUUCUCGUGUCGAUAUUCGGGACUUGACACUCGUCAACAUGGAGUACGGUCCCAGCUCUCAGUACCCUUUGGCACUUGUGAAGGCGGCUCUCUGGUUUCUGGAUUAUCCCAGAGUAGACAAUAUCUACACCCCAUCCUCCAUCCGCGUCAGCCUCACCCGGGUGACUCUGGUCGUGUCAGACACGGAGCUCUGGUGGUGGCGGGAAGUACUGGAGAGCGCCAUCCGCAGCAACGAGACGGCCGUCGACGGGGGCUCCCUCAUUCAGUACUUCGCGCCGGGGUUAGUGGUGGAUCCGGAGGACGUCGGCAAUCUACAGAUGACACUUGUAAACAGCCGAGUAUAUCGUAUUGAUGAUGUGCGGCUUGAGAUGCUGGUGCCGUACUGGGAGUGGGCAUAUGGUACGACAACCUGGACGAACUGCUCCCUUACCGCGACGCCACUUGUCGAUACAGCACCACUGCUGUUCCCUACGAGGUCGGACUUGUUGGCCACGCUGGCGCCGUACGGCCAGAACGGCCCUGUACAGCUGUCCACCGUACGCGUUGCACAGCAACGGUUGGACGCCAGCAUGCUCACCUUGGGCCCUACCGUAAUGUUGCCGUAUGAUACACAAUUGUCGACCAGCCUCACGUCGUCGCGACCAACCCUUGGCGACAAUCUCACGCUUUGGGGCGAGCCGAGGGGUGUUCGCAUUUUGGACUUGAUGGGCCUGUCAGGUGUCAUAACAGUGCCGCCGUACACGGUCCUAACUCUACGCUUCUUGACUCUGGUGAACCUGGGCGCGGGGGAGCGAGGGGGAGCACAGCCGGCUGUGCUUCAGAACUACACGCUGAUGUUCUGGGCCUUCAACCGCACAUUGCUGCCCGGUUCAGGGUCCUCGUCGUCGUCGUCCCGCAGGGCGCUGUUAUCGUCAUCUCUCUCGUCGGACGAUGGUGGUGCACUGGGGCAGGUUACCCCCCGUCCACCGGCGCAGCUUGACCACCGACUGACGCCGCUUGGGCAGGGCGUUGACCGGCUGCAGCGCAGUCGUGGGGGCAAGGUGUCGCAGCGACUGGAGCCCGUCAUGGAACACAGCCCGUGGCCUCCUGUUCGUAGGGGUAUUACGAAGGGGGGGAGGUUACGGAGGCACCUGUUGCAAGCCGCCACGAACGGCAAUCCUGGCGUGGGUCCUUCUUCUUCUGGAGGCAGCAGCAGCAGCAGUGCCAUUCCCGUGGGUCCUUUCCGAACAUGGUUGAGGCUAGAAGAAGUGGUUCUCUACAUACCGCCAUUGGAGUGUCAGCUCUUGUACGAGUUGGUGACGAGCAACAGGACGUCCCUGGCAGUGUCACCGGAUGUGGUGGACUGGCUACGCGGGGUGUUGGCGACGGCGCAGGUUACGCGCACAACCUCUACAGUGAUCACGUUUUCGUUCCUUACCUGGAUGGGAGUCGAGGCAGUCGACGUCACCAUUUCUUCAUUGGUGAACGCGGCUGUAACCUCGCUGCAACCGAUAGGCAGCAUUUUCGUGUCAGGGCCUCCACGAGUACCUCCACCCGCAUCCUCGCCGCCGCCAUGGUCACCGGGGCUGGCAGUCCCACCCCCGGCCACAAUCUAUCCGCUGCCGUCGGCGUCCAAAAACACCGCGUCAAUCGGAUUCCCGCCUUCGAGCGGCCCUGGCGGCGCGGCGGUGGUGGUUCACAGCGACAUACACGUGGAGUCCGUGAACCCCGCCAGCUCUGUCGUAGGACCGGCCGUCGGGAGUGUGGCCGGACUGCUGCUGCUAUGCAGUGUCUUCACCUUCGCGGUCAUGUACGUGCGACACCGCCGAAGGCUUUCCCAGGCUGCAGAUCCCAGCAAGGCGAAGGAUCUGGGCGUGGCGGUAGACGGAGGGGCCGGCGAUGAAGGCCAGACCCCCUCGCGCAACGCAAACGGAUGCAGCAGCCCAAUGGAGCCCCCCAAAGCCACCAUCCAGCCGCCACCACCUCCAGGCCCUGACGCGGAGACUGCGGCUGCUGCCAGUGCGCCUCCGGCCGGCCAGGGCCCCGGCGGGCGCAAGGACGCAGCGCAGCCGGCGAUUCAGCCCGUGACAGAAGAGGACAUGCACCGCGACGAUGGGCCUCCUGCGGCCGCAGCUGCCGGCAGCAGUGGCAAGCCGCCCGCUUUCCCGCCUCAGCGGCCGCCAAGGCAGCGCAGGUCCAGGGAGUCGAACAUAGCCAGUGGGAGGGGACAGGGCACACGCAGGUCCAGACCUGUUGAGGGCAUUGGUUCCGCAGCCAACGCCGGUCGGCAGGGAAUUCCGGGCCAUUCCCAGCCUUCAAAGCAGCAGCAGCAGCACGCGCGGGGAUCGGGCUCCGCCGCCAGCGGCAGCAGCGGCGGCAUUGCGUCGGACACAGUCCCUAGCGACCCGCGCACCGAGUUGUACGCCGCGCUGGCGGCCUUCCAAAGCGAGUUUGGCGAGCAGCAGCGGCAAAUUACAAUCAUUUCGCAGUUGGGGGCAGGAGCACAUGGAGUGGUGUACAGAGCGGAAUGGCGCGGCCUCGAGGUGGCCGCCAAGACACUGCUGUUCCAGGCAUUCUUGGGCAGCAACGGAGAUGAGGGCGGGAACUCCUUGAGGGAGCAGGCCAUGUUGGAGGCCGCUAUCGCCACUACGCUGUUUCAUCCCAACGUCAUCAACACGUACUCUUAUGACAUCAAGCCGCUGCGCAUGUGCCCGGCGCCCACAUCCUCCACCCACUCGUCAAGGGCGGAGACGGUGGUGUCAUCCGAAGGGGGCAGCAUCAUGGACUGGAAGCUGUAUAUCAUACAGGAGUAUUGUGAUGGUGGCACCCUCAAGGACGCUCUGGACGGGUCCCGCUUUACGAACCCUGAAACGGGGAUGUCGUACACGGAGACGGCAGUGCGCGUCGCCAUUGAGAUUGCGUCGGGCAUGUCGUACAUCCACAACCGAAACAUCAUUCAUGGAGAUCUCAAGCCUGCCAACAUCCUGCUGCGCUCCAACAGCUCCUCGCCCUACGGCUACACAGUCAAGAUUGCGGACUUCGGCCUGGCUCUCAAACUGAAAGCCGGGGAGAGCCACAUCAGCAACAUCAGGCGCGGCACCCCCUUCUACAUCGCCUCGGAGCUGGUGGAGGAUGGCCGGGCGACGACCGCCUCGGAUCUGUAUUCAUUCGGCGUUAUUCUUUGGGAGCUGCUGCACGGCUCCACCGUCGCGAGGCGCCUGCCGUUGCGGCGCCGCGUCCCCAACCUGCCGGCUGAGUUCUACACUUGGCCCCCCGACUGCCCGCCUGCCUACCGUGACCUCGCGAACGCCUGCCUCAGCUCCAACCCUGCUUCGCGACCUCGCUUUAAUCAGGCCCUGGAAGCGCUGACAGGGGUGCUGCAAUUGUUGCUGGAGGCCAAGCCGCAGGAGCAGCGGCGGCGGCAGGAAGAGCAGGAGAAACGCCGGCGCCUGGCAGCGACGGAAGCAGCAGCGAAGGCGACGGAGCAACAAGCGCAGGGCAAGGGGCAGGGGCAUGAACAGGAGCACGCAGAGAAUCUUGGUGCCCAAUAUGCGCAGGAAAAGGUCGCUGCUGCGGCUGACUGCUGCGCAGCUAGUGGAGAGGCUGUGAAACAGUCGCCCUCGGUGCUGCGGUCGUUUUCCUUCGCAGUUGCGGUGCGACAAACCGAGGUCCUAUAUCACAAGGAUCAUCUUCAGGACUGCAAGGACCAACCCGAUGGAACUGACUCUGAAGGCAGAAAGGGGAUUGGCGGUCCGUCUGGCAGCACGGCACGGCAGGGAGGCGCCGGCAACGGAGCAACUGUACUGCCAAACGGGGGCGGCAUUGCGGUUGUUGGGAAGAGGUCGGAGGCCAUGGACGCCGCAACAGGUGCGGCAGCCGCUACCGCAGACCACCAAGGAGCCGCCGGUAUUACACCAAUGAUGACCGCGGAGAGCAGUGCGACGGCACCCGCCUGCACCCCGCAGCAUCCGGAGCAGCCCCCUGGUAACGGAGGCGCCUUCCCGCGACCCCGACAUGCGGAGCAGGCGCCGGCGGGUACUGAGGCGCCCGGGGCCACCCUAGCGGAGGGCACCCUAGCGGCGGCAGCGCGGGGCGUGGGGCCCGCCGUCCAGCCGCAGGAACAUGGCCCAUAUAAAGUCCCAUUUGGCGGUGCGAGGCCUUUACAAUUGCCCAGACUUGCGCGGGCGGCAUUUGCUGAUGCUGUGGCGGCGGCAGGGCCGGAGGCUUCGGUAGCGGUGAGCUCAUUAGCGGUUGCGUACCACGGGGAAGGUGGUGACUUCCCACCUGCGGGUGGCGACGGCAAGCCGGCUUCGGACGCUGUGGCGCAGUCGGGGCAGCCAACAGGAGGUGUGCCGCAUUCGCAUCAGGAGCAGCGGACAUCACGCUCGGUGGACGCCGAUGGGCCCCUGGGCGACGGGACUAGGGUUUCGGGAGGAAUGUUUCCAGCGGCCGGUACUGCUUUUGGCCCGAUUGCAAUCGGCAAUGCGCGCAAGGCCUCUUGGGACGCGGCCUUGUAUGCGAACCACCCCGAUAACGACCACGCGGACUCAGUCCAUUCUUCCGAACACUCCGACACGGACCAGGGCGCCGCCGGUAUCGGGGUCCGCCGGGAAGCCCCUCCUCUAUCCUCCAUGCCUGGCGCUUCAUCUUCUGCCACCACCCAUCCUAGGCCUGGCGCUCCCUUGACCGCUGCUGCCGCCGCCGCCGUGCUGGCUGCCUUGGCUGCCUCUAUGAAUAAUACGACCACACUGGACCCGGACACUGCUGGGAUGCUGGAUUCUUGCCUGGGCAGCACCGAAGCGCACGCCAUGGACCGCGGCCUGAUGCUAGACCUCAUGCCCGCGCUCAGCAACCAGGUCAACGACCUGAAGAUGCCACAGCAAGCUCAGGGUGCAGUGACUCUAGGCGGGUAA